AGUGUAGAAGGAGAGGAAAAGAAGAGGGAUGGCAUGGAGAGGGAAGAUAUCGAAGUCUCUGAAAGAGGUCAGGAUUCUCCUCUGUCAAUCUUCCCCGGCUAGCUCUUCCACCAGGACGUUCGUAGAGAAGAAUUACAAAGAAUUGAAGACUCUGAACCCUAAAUUCCCUUUCCUGAUCCGCGAAUGCAGUGGGAUCCAGCCUCAGAUGUGGGCCCGAUAUGAUAUGGGAGUGGAGAGGUGUUUAAACUUGGAUGGGAUGAGCGAGUCACAGAUUCUCAAGUCUCUUGAAGACCUUGUGAAAGCCGGAGGAGCUACAAAAGCCUGAAAGGCUGUUUGUUUUUUUUUCGUUUUUUAAAUCUAGAUGAUCCCGAAUAAGUUACAAACUUGAAAUACAUUCAUUGUUCCUGUUGUUCUAUUACUUUGCAACUACUUGGUGUCAUUUCGCCUUUCUUUUGAGUUGUUUCUUUCUUUCUUUCUUUGUAAUCCUUGAUCUUGGUAUAAAAUCUAAACAAUCCGUAUGAUUGUUGAACACUUGUUAGAAAGGAUGAAAUAAACAUGACAACUCUAUAUGUC